AUGGCGAUCCUCUUUUCCACGCAACAUGUCGACGUUCUUGAUUGCCAGGCAGCCUUUUCCAAGGAACUCAAAUUGCAUUCACAACCACUCCAAUUGCGACGAGGCGAAUUCAGUGUGCAUGAGCCUUAUUACAAGUCAAGUGCUAGUACAGCAUCAGCAGGGCAAAAGCGCAAACGACAGGAGAAUACAGCUGAUAUCGAGACUGAGAGCUGGCACCAGGAGCAUGCACGUCCAUUUCUUACCCAAUGUAUCAAUGAACUUCCCAAAGAUGUGUUCAGCCACCUUGACAACAAGGAAGCAGCAGCGAGCAAUGAUGCUAUUGGGAUCGAUUUUACAAGCUUGGUAGCAUUGGCACAAGCAUCCAGUCGCUUUACACAAAAAGAGGAUGACCUCAACCUCCAAGAAGAAGAAGAUCACGUGAUGGAGCCUUUGGAUGUCUUUCACCGCAUCAUCUCCAAUCCCUCCACCAGCAACGCCAUGCAAAUCACCAUCCAGGAUCAAGAUUACAUUAUUCCACCACGUGCAUCUUUCUACAUGAGUGACAUGUCAAGCGGCAUGAAAGACUUGAAAGCACAUGCAAGAUCCAUUGGCCUUUUUGAUUUUGUGGUGAUGGAUCCACCAUGGCCCAAUAAGAGUGUCCACCGCUCAUCGCAUUAUGAAACACAAGAUAUUUACGACUUGUUCAAGAUACCCAUGAAGCAAUUGAUAGCACCAGGUGGUUUACUGGCAGUAUGGGUGACCAACAAGCCCAAAUUUCGCAAGUUUGUGAUGAACAAGCUAUUCCCGACAUGGAACAUCAAGCUAGUGGGUGUGUGGUAUUGGCUCAAAGUGACAACCAAAGGAGAACCCGUAGUGCCAUUGGAUUCGCCUCAUCGAAAACCCUAUGAGCAGCUCGUGUUGGGUAUUGUCAUGCCACAGCAGCAACAGCAGGAUCAAGAAGAACCUCUAUCGACAAGAGAAGGGAGGAUACCAGAUACGCAUGCUAUCAUUAGUAUUCCAAGUCGACGCCAUUCUCGUAAACCACCAUUACAAGAUGUGAUGGCCAAGUAUUUGCCCAAGAAUCCUAAGUGUCUCGAACUCUUUGCACGAUGCCUUACUCCACAUUGGACAAGCUGGGGAAAUGAAUGCCUUAAAUUUCAGCAUGAUCAAUAUUUUGAGUCAGUAGAAAUAAUAAAGGAUCAAGUAGUGAAGGAGGACCUUGUCAAAGACGAUCAACUUACCAUCCCCGAGGGUGUCAAUGUGAGCAUCAAGUCUCGCAUCGUUACCGUCAAGGGUCCCCGUGGCACUUUGACCAAGAACUUGCGCCAUUUGAACAUUGAGAUCAAGUUCGCCAACAAGAACACUCUUCUCUUCACUGUCUACCACGGUGCCCGUAAGCACGUCGCUGCUAUCCGUACUGUUCGCUCCAUUGUCAACAACAUGAUCACUGGUGUCACCAAGGGCUUCCAAUACAAGAUGCGUUAUGUGUAUGCUCACUUUCCCAUCAACGUGAUUGUGAAUGGUACCAACGAUGCUGUUGAGAUCCGUAACUUUUUGGGUCAAAAGGUCGCUUUCCAAGUCAAGAUGCGCGAGGGUGUCACCUGUGAAGCCUCCAAGAACCAAAAGGAUGAGUUGGUUAUCACUGGUAACGAUCUCGAGAACGUCUCCCAAUCCGCUGCCGACAUUCAACAAACUUGCCGUGUCCGUAACAAGGAUAUCCGUAAGUUCUUGGAUGGUAUCUAUGUCUCCGAGCGCAACACCAUCGUUCAAGACGAGUAA